AUGGUUGGAAUAUUUGUUUUCUCCUCGAUAAUAGGACAAGUUGGAAAUGUUAUUACAAACCGAAAUGCCAGCCGUUUAGAAUUCGAACGUUUAUUGGAUAGUGCAAAACAAUAUAUGCGCUCGCAUAGUGUUCCACCAGAAAUGCAACGACGUGUUCAGCGUUGGUAUGAUUAUUCUUGGUCACGUGGUCGAAUGUCAGGUGCUGGUGAUGUUCAUUCAAUAAAACUUUUACCUGAUAAGCUCAAAACAGAAUUGGCCUUACAUGUUAAUUUGGGAACCUUAAAAAAGGUGACUAUUUUUCAAGAAUGUCAACCUGAAUUUCUUCAUGAUCUUGUUCUUAAAAUGCGUGCAUACAUUUUUACACCGGGAGACGUUAUUUGUCGUAAAGGUGAAGUAGCACGUGAAAUGUUCAUUAUAGCUGAUGGUGUUCUUGAAGUAGUCAAUGAGAAACAUGAUGUUUUAACACGUUUGGGCGCCGGUGACUUUUUUGGUGAAAUCGGUAUUUUAAAUAUUGAUGGCGCUAAUCGGCGAACAGCUGAUGUACGAAGUGUUGGAUAUUCAGAAUUAUUUUCCUUGUCAAAAGAAGAUGUAUUAGAAGGCUGUCGUGAUUAUCCGGAAGCUGAACGUAAACUAUAUGAGUAUGCACAAAAUCGACUUGGAUUUGAAAAAGCAAAAACGGAAGCAGCAGAAAAAGUGAAAAAUACUUUCACUACAUUAGCGUCAAUUGCAUCUUGUUUCACACAGAACCCGACAACGACAGCACCAACACCUAUGCCUAUGAUAACAGAAGAUAAUUCACCGAAAAGAAACAAUGAUGAAAAUCAAGAAAAACGAACUGAAAAUGUACCCAUGUGUCGUUAUAACCGAAGAAUACUUGCAGGGAAUCGACCAAGAUCGAAAUCAAAAUGUUCCAUAACAAAUGCACAAAAUUUAAACUGUGAUAAUCAAGAAAAAUCUCUUGUUUGUCAAUAUUCAACAACAGAUCAUGUUUCCUUGAAUUCACCUUCACAUAUGCAAUCAAUGGAUUUAAUGAGUAAUAUUCAGUUACUUAUUGAUGACAGAUUGAAUUUCGUAGAACAUACUUAUCGAGAAAGAAUCGCUGAAUUGCAAGAUCAAAAUGAACGUAAAGAUUUGCGAAUUAAUUUAUUAGAACAAAAAAUACAAAAAUUACAGAAAACAUUACUUAAUCGUAAUCGUAUAUGGUUUGAAGAGGAAUAA